AGUAAGCAAUUUCCAUCGUUCAUUUCUUUGACUAGAGGAAGUUCAUGUCAGAUCUCAACUCACGGUGAAAGAAGCCUAUUAAUUAUUUUGGGUUGAACCCUUAUACUAUGCUCUAGUUAUAAGGAACAUGGAAGGAGAAGAAAGAAGGAAGAGAAAAAUAGAGAAUGAAGAAGAAAAUGAGGAGCAGAAGAUGGAAAAGUUCUUUGCCUUGAUAAAGAGGACAAAGGAUGUUCGCGAUCGUUUCUGUAAGGAGAAAUUAACAGAUACUAAGAAGAUUGAUGGAGAAAGGGCAGCUGCAGGGAGUACUAUUUGGAACCCAAAGUUUCAACCAGAAGACUUCAUCGAUUCUGGAGAAAUGGCAAAGAGAAAUAAUAUUAUUAAUAUUGUUUCAGGUCAUGAUCAUGCAGCUGCUCCUUCAGAGAAAGAAUUGAUCAUAGAAAAGAAACAAGAUUUACAAGAAGCAACCACGGCAACACCAGCAGCAGCCCAAGAUAAUGAAGAGAAAGACAAAGCAAGUGAACAUUUUUUAGACUUGGAUCUUACUUUAUAAAAUUAUACUAUAUUAUAAGAAUAAUAUGCAUUUAUAUCUGAUGAAUUGGCUAUGCCCUAUACUAUAUGAGUAUAUGACUAUGAUUUGCUAACCUUACUAAUGUCUUUGUAAUCCAGUUUUCGUUGCUCUUGAUCAUGAUUUUGACCCUAAAGUGGUUGUUGUACAUUGAAAAGAAGCUAUCAUAUACUUAGUAAAUUGCGGUCACCGAUUUUUCAUUAUUA